AUGGCAAAAUCCUUUGCUAUCAUUCUUCUUUCUGCCCUUUGCUUCCUCUCCAUCCUCCACGUCUCCGUCUCGAAAAAAGAUCACUUCGUCGUCGAGGGCAAGGUUUAUUGUGACACGUGCCGCAUCCAAUUCUUCACCCGUGUCAGCAAAUGGAUGCAUGGAGCUAAGGUGAAGUUGGUAUGCCGCGAGGAGGAAGGAGGAAGCGAGACGUUGGCUGUCGAGGCUGAGACCGGGAAGAACGGUGAGUACACGAUCAAGGUGGACGGGGACCAUGAGGAGGAGGUUUGUGAAGUGAAUUUGGUGAAGAGUAGUGAUGAUGACUGUGCUGAGGUUCCCACCGAUGGAUUUGGGCAUAGGGCGAGAGUGAGCAUCACGGCCAACGAUGGCAUCACCAACCCUGUGCGUCAAGCUAACCCACUUGGGUUCAUGAAGAAGGAGACACUUCCCCAAUGCAAAGAGGUUCUUCGUGAGCUUGGGUUCGAUGAGGCUGGUCUUCCCGUUUGAAGCUAAGCCACAAAGGGCCUUCCUUGGUCAACCACAUGCAUUCUUAUAGCAUAUAUGCUUAAAAGUUUCCAACUUUUAAAGCACAUUUUUAAUUUAAAGACAAUUGAUGUCAAAUAAAUAGUUGAAUAAAAUUU